AUGUUUUCGACAAUUCCUCGCCCUGAAUCAGUCAGCCAACCAUCUUCAGCUGUGCUGAAUCGGUUCUCAACCUUUCGAGAUCCUCAACCCAUCUCUUCUCCCCUCUCAAUGUACAAUAAUUCGCCUGUCCUCACUCCCACCAUUGCUUCGCCCGCUCUACCCAAAGGAUUUUCUAGUCACUUAAAUAGUCCACGGAAUUUCAAUCAUCGCGACGGACGCACACAUAUCAAAUCCAAAACUUGUCAUGGGUUUAGUGAAAUCUUCAAGCUUCCUUCAAGCCCAUCGGACCAGUUAGCGUCCUUUGCCACCCAUAAUGAAAAUCCUACUUUCAAUGGCUCUUCAACACAUCCAACCUGGACACUCAAAAGCCCAGCGGAAUUUUCGCGUCGACGCUCCCACACAACCCCUUCCUCAUGUCCAACCGAUAGUCAAAAUCAUGAUUCUUAUCAAAGUUUUGGGCAAAACUCGCCCUAUGGAAACAAUCCGCAACCCUUCUCUGACAUGAUGUCGAUUCCAGACGCUGAUUUAGCCUUUACACUGGGAGAACCUUCCUCCAAUCUAUUUUACACCCAUGAAACAAAUGCGACUCAAUACACAGCCAGACCAAUCGAAGCAACAAGUGAGAUGAGGUUUGCUCAAGUCAAUGCUGGACAAGAAGGUUCGGAGAUCUCUCCACCGCCUAUCAAGUUGCCCACAAUGGUGCCUAAUUCUAUGGUCAGUCAACAAAAACAUAAACAUGGAGGCAACGGCAACACCGGAGUUCGCAAGACUAAAACGGAAACUGUUGAGAAAUCUGACGCGCCUGCUGUCAGUGUCACUCCAGGAGGUUAUGCUCGUAAAUAUGCUUGCGUCUGGGAUGGGUGUGGAAAGGCAUUUACAACUAGCGGUCAUCUUGCGCGUCACAAUAGGAUUCACACUGGGGAGAAGCGAUAUGAAUGUUUGAUGUCAGGAUGUCACAGUCGUUUCAGUCGACAGGACAACAUGUUACAACACUACCGAACUCAUCUCUCCGGAAAAUGUCGAAGACUUCCGUCUGUUUCCUCAACUGCUUCCAGCAAUGACAGUAAGAAGACUUCUGAUAAACGAUCUCGCGAGAAAAUGCAAAGCUCAAGUCAUGAGACAGAUGCAACUUCGAAUCAUCAACCGAAAGAAUUUCCAGAGUCGGUCAUCGAAAACGAUUUCUCCAACAUGAUAGAUUACCAUGAAACAGUGCCGAUAUCAGCUCCUCCACCAAUCUCUGACGAAUUUCCUUUGAUUUAUGACGACAGUACAUCAUUUACCAAUGCUUCAUCUUACACAUUCUCCCCAUACCCUCCCUUUGAACUUCAAGAAGCGGAGCUCAUAAUGGCUGAACCAGAAGGCUUUCGUACACAUGACAUGAAUACUUACCUAUCCCAAGACCGGGGCUUUCCUCCGUCCGCAUGGCCUUUUGAUUAUGGCGAUCAAUCCAACCAGCAAGUCUUCGCUUCAUCACAAUCCUAUCGCGAGUCAGAUUUGGUCCACAACCCAUUUGGUAACUCGUUCACCAAUCUACAGUACUCACUCCCGGAUGUACCGCAAGAUUUGCAAGAAUUUUACGAGAGGAAUCCUUACGAGGUGAACCAUCAGGAUAUGAGUCCAUUUGCUCUCACUAGGUCACUUCAAUCUGAGGGAGGUCAAUAUUUAGCCUUUGAAGGAAACCACUCAUGA